AUGGUUCACUGCGCCGGUUGCAAAAGACCCAUCCUGGACCGCUUCCUGCUCAACGUCUUAGACCGGGCUUGGCACGUGAAAUGCGUCCAGUGUUGUGAAUGUAAAUGUAACUUGACGGAGAAAUGCUUCUCCAGAGAGGGAAAACUCUACUGUAAAAACGACUUCUUUAGGUGUUUUGGUACGAAGUGUUCCGGCUGCGCGCAGGGCAUCUCUCCAAGCGAUUUGGUCCGAAGGGCCAGGAGCAAAGUCUUUCAUUUGAACUGUUUCACUUGCAUGAUGUGCAACAAACAACUGUCGACCGGCGAGGAACUUUAUAUCAUUGACGAGAACAAAUUUGUCUGCAAAGAAGAUUACCUGAGCAACAGCAACCCUGCCAAAGAGAACAGUUUGCACUCAGCCACAACCGGUAGUGAUCCCAGCCUGUCCCCAGAUUCCCAGGACCCCUGCCAGGAUGAUGCCAAGGAUUUGGAAAGUGCCAAUAUCUCCGAUAAGGAGGUGGGCAGCAAUGAGAAUGACGACCAAAACUUGGGGGCCAAAAGGAGAGGCCCCCGCACCACCAUCAAGGCCAAGCAACUGGAGACCCUCAAAGCCGCUUUUGCCGCCACCCCAAAGCCCACUCGGCAUAUCCGUGAGCAGCUGGCCCAGGAGACCGGCCUCAACAUGCGUGUCAUCCAGGUUUGGUUCCAGAACCGGCGCUCCAAGGAAAGGCGCAUGAAACAGCUGAGCGCACUAGGGGCCCGCAGGCACGCUUUUUUCCGCAGCCCCCGCCGCAUGAGACCGCUGGUGGACCGUUUGGAACCGGGCGAGCUGAUCCCCAACGGGCCCUUUUCUUUCUAUGGAGAUUAUCAGAGUGAAUAUUAUGGACCCGGGAGCAAUUAUGAUUUUUUCCCACAAGGACCUCCAUCUUCUCAAGCCCAGACCCCCGUUGAUCUCCCCUUCGUGCCCUCCUCAGGACCAUCAGGAACCCCUCUUGGGGGGAUGGACCACCCUUUACCUGGACAUCACCCUUCCAGCGAAGCUCAGCGUUUCACAGACAUCAUGUCCCACCCUCCCGGAGACUCCCCUAGUCCAGAACCCAAUUUACCUGGUUCAUUGCACUCCAUGUCAGCAGAAGUCUUCGGACCAAGUCCUCCAUUCUCCUCAAUAUCUGUCAACGGCGGUGGUAACUAUGGUAACCACUUGUCACAUCCACCUGAAAUGAAUGAGGCUGUUGUAUGGUAG